CGCCGGGUGGCGUUACUGUUAGGUAGUGCAUGACUGACAAAUAAUCCAAUUUAGUUACGUAUACAAAAUGCACGAAGUAAACAAAGAUUUGCAGAGGGAAAGGCAGAAUUGUACCUUCGAUGUGGAAGAAAUGACAGUGUUAUACGAUGGGGGGAAGGAGAAAACUGCUGAGCGAAGAUAUAGAGAUAACGUUAUGGUCAGCACUAAGGACUACUACAGUGGAGUUCCAGAAUAUUACUUAGGUGCCAAGGAAAAGUAUGAAGAAUCAAUAAGAAAGUCGGUUAUAAUAUUUGGGUUGGUGCGCAAAAUGCAGAGGGAAGGGAGAACCAAAAUUACUGAUAUCAGACAUUUCCUUCAAUGUUUGCUCGGGUCAGCCCCCACGUACGACGGGACGUCGAUGGCGCUUCAUUACCUGAUGUUCGUGCCAGCCAUCGUCUCCCAGGGCACGGAGGAGCAGCAGGCCCACUGGCUGCCCAGGGCUUGGAACGGGAAUUUCAUUGGGAGUUUUGCUCAAACUGAACUGGGCCACGGGACGUUCAUCCGAGGCUUGGAAACCACGGCGACCUACGACCCUGACACUCAGGAGUUUGUGCUGCACAGUCCCACGCUGACGUCUCACAAAUGGUGGGCUGGUGGCUUGGGACACACCGCCAAUUACGCCAUCGUAGUGGCUCAGCUGUACACUAAAGGACAAAGCCACGGCGUCCACGCUUUCAUAGUCCCAAUCCGGGAUGAGCAGACCCACCAGCCCCUACCAGGAAUCAGGGUUGGGGACGUCGGCGGAAAGCUGGGACUGGAGGCCGUUAACAACGGGUUUCUAGGCUUUGACCAUGUGAGGAUCCCGAGAAAUAACAUGCUGAUGAAGCAUGCCCAAGUUUUAAAGGAUGGCACUUACGUGAAAACUUCCGAUGGCAAGCUGAUUUAUGCGACGAUGUUGUUCAUGAGGGUGGUCAUAGCUUACGACAUGGUGAACUACCUUACCAAGGCUGUCACUAUCGCCACCAGAUACUCUGCUGUAAGGAGGCAGACUCCGGUGAGAAAGGAUGGACCAGAACUUCAAAUACUGGAUUACUUGACUCAACAACACAAACUACUAAUAACUAUAGCCACGGCUUACUGUUUUAAAAUAAUAUCCACAAUACACUGGGACACUUACGAUGAGAUCAACGAACAAGUUGCCAAUGGGAAACUGGAUCGGUUACCUGAGCUGCACGCACUAGUCUGCUGCUUGAAAGCCAUCGUCACGUCUGACACCGCGCAGUGCAUAGAGCGGUGUCGGCUGGCGUGUGGGGGGUACGGUUACAUGCUGUCGUCGAACCUGCCCGCAUUGUAUGGGCAGGUCACUGCGGCCUGCAUCUACGAGGGCGACAAUACUGUGCUCUUGCUGCAAACUGCUAGAUUCUUACUUAAAACAUGGCAAAGACUAGACAGUCACACCUUACCUCCAACGGUGGCCUACCUGAAAACUGCUUCAAGCGAAGGUUUUCUACCUAAAUGGGAAAAUUCCGCCGAAGGAAUUAUUCGCGGACUACAAGUAGUUGCGAUGAGGAAAAUAUCAGCAUGUGCGGCGGCGAUAGAGAAGAGAGUAACAUCAGGGGUGCCGCUGGAACAGGCAUGGAACUUGAGUUCAGUGCAGUUGGUGGCUGCAGCUGAAACCCAUGGAAGAGUAGUGCUAGCGACCUACUUCUAUGAAGGUGCCAACAAAAUGAUAGCGGGGGCUUCGGCGUCGACGGGGGCGGUCCUGCGGCGGCUUCUGGAGCUCUACCUCGUCUACUGGGCGCUGCAGAGCCUUGUGGACCUACUCAAGUAUACAAACAUUUCGGAAAGAGGCACUGAAGAACUGCAGGCCUGGUACGAGGAACUGUUGGUGAUUCUGAGGCCUAACGCUGUGGGGUUGGUGGACGCCUUCGACAUCAGAGACAAGAUGCUGCACUCUACUCUGGGGUCAUACGACGGGCGAGUGUACGAGCGGCUCAUGGGAGAGGCUCAGAAGAGUCCUCUCAACAAGGAGCCCGACUAUAGCCCCUUCCACAAGUACCUCAAGCCGUACAUGCAGGGAAAACUGUAAUGUCUAUACGAAAGUGAAGAAGAGCGCUCUGAAAAGGUCUAACGCCCGUAUUCACAAACAUUACUAUGAGGUCUCACAGUGCGCGUGGACGCAGAGCUCUAUUCAACGCUGUACGUUCGAUUUGCUGCUUCACUUAAGCAAGCGUCGUUUGUGAAUACGGGCGUAAGAUAAAGAGAUCUGUGAAAACUAAAAUUUCUCUGUGUACAUUGGUGAAAAUUAUUGUUUUAAGUGUGCUCUGAAAAGGGGCUAGCUAAUAAAGAGAGCUGUGAAAACUGUAAUUUGCAACUGUAUGCAAUAGGGAAAAUAAUGUCUUUAGGGCUUAAGUUUUAAUAAAGAAGCACACUUGCAACUCACUACAAAAGAUACUAAACCUGAAAAGGGCUAAUAACCCUUUACCUACGGGGCCUUUGGAAACCAAAGUCGCCUCUCAAUACGGGGUAUUUUAACCUAUAAAAUGGUUUGCUCCACUUUACAUCAAGAUAUUUUAAAAAGUAUGAGGCUUGCGGUAUUGAAAUUUGGAAUAUUAUAUUUUGCAACUAAUGUAGUUUCAUAAUUACAAACGCAUUUUAAACAUAAUUUGUAAUUUUAUUGAUUUUUUGUCGUAAGCCGUGAUUUAGUAUUGGCUUAGCUAAAAUAACAAUAGAUGCCACCCGUAUUGAGAAGUGACUUUUGACUUGGCAACUAUAGGUGCCUCCCGUAGGUAAGAGGAUAAAGAGAGUGUCUGUCUGUAUCAUCAUCAUCAGGUCAUAGCAAGACGACGACUCUCGAAGCCUACGACUAGAGAAUUUACCAAAGGCAAAAGUCUGUACCUAAUACCUAUCACUAAAAUUUUCACAGAUAGAGCUAUUUAUAAAUUCACACAAAGACUUUUAUGUAAUAGGCGCAUUUAAACAUGAUUGACUCUUGUCAAUGCUAAUAGCUCAUUAAGGCUAUGUAAUACAAUAGUUUGCAACCAACACGAUAGAGGACGGGAAAAUAUUAUAAAUAAGGUAAUUUUAAGCUAUGACUCUGAAAAUGAGCCUCUAGAAUUUGUGUCUCGCUAUAAGGUGGAUGAAAUGAAAUAAAAUGAAUAGUUUAUUCAGUAGGUACAGUCGCGGAAUGAAAAGGUUCGACAGUUUUCAAACUAUCCCUCAACGAAUCGCGAGCACAUAUUCAGUGUUCCUCAGUUAAAAGUUAUCCGACGAUUGAAAAAUCAGCCCUAAAUUAAAAAAACUACAUUUUGUAACAUUGCACUGAUGGGAUAGAAAAAUAAACAAGCAAAACCUUAUUCGUUAACAAACGUCAUAUUUAUUUAAAUGUUAGCAGCACUGUUUCUUGCACGGUUAUGUUGGCAGGUUUGACUCUUACAGUACCUACCUAGUGCAAGCGAAACCCGACACUAAGGUGACGAACCUUUUCAUUCCGCGACUGUACAUAGGCCCUUUCCAGGGCACUUAUAAUACACGUCCCAAAUAUAGCUGGCCCUACCACCACUUCGGGACAACAUAUUAAGGGCUGGUGCUGAGAAGAAGUGGCGGAUUACCUAUGUCAGCCUCAUUUUCAAUCAAAUACAGGAUAGAUUCAUCAUCCUUCCGAUAAAGUAAAGUUAUAUGGUUAAUUAACUUAAUUAUUUAAUGAUAAUUCAUAUAAAAAAAUACUGUUUUCCGGAAAUAGUCGAAUCUGGCACGAUCAGAGUCAUCAUCAGACUGUUAAAGCAAAUAGGUAGUUUAUUUUUACACUGUUUGAAGCUUGUAGGUUAACAUAAUCUAUUUUCGUGACGAUAGGUGGGAUUGUGUAAAGUAAUCGUAAUCAUUUGACAGUUCAUAACGUACGAUUAUUCUGUCAAACGCUUUGUUUAACUGACUUUAUCGUAGGUACGUUAUGAACUGUCAAAUGAUUACGAUUGCUUUACACAGUUCCACCUCUGAUUAAAAUAUUUUUGUUUGUUUCAGUAGGUAGGUAAUUUUACUUUUGUGAAAGUUGCAUUUUUAGAUUAUUUACUUAUUACGUUUUUAAGAAUUUAUCUGUGAUGGGAAAUAUAAAAUUGUUUUUUUUU